AUGACUGCUUUGGAAAUGUUUUUAAUUUGUUUAUUUCUUGUACUCUUUCUCGUUCUUUCAACAAUUAUAGUUCUCUACUUUUUACGAAAGAAAGGAAUGAUUAAACAAUUUUGGCCAAUUAAAAAUACUUCUCAUGAUAUGUUGAGACCUGUAGUUCCUCCUGCACCAAUACGUGCUAGUGAAAUUCCGUCAGAAUAUAUUCUUCGACACAGAGAUUCGGAUUAUCAAUUUUCACAGGAAUUUGAGUUACUUCCUCGUGGGAAGAAUCUCGACCACACAAUUAGCGAAAGAAGAGAAAAUAUUAAAAAGAAUCGGUAUAACGAUAUUAAAGCUUGUGAUUCAACACGUGUUCGUUUAAAACAAUCAACUGGCAGUCCAACAAAUUCAUCAGAUUAUAUAAAUGCUAAUUUCAUUAAAGGAUAUAAAGGCAGAAAAGUUUUUAUUGCUACACAAGGCCCAUUAGAAUCUACUAUUCCUGAAUUUUGGAGGAUGAUUUGGGAGAGAGGGUGUAGACUUGUUAUUAUGGUAACAAAUUUGCGAGAACGUGGAAGGGAGCAAUGUGCAAAAUAUUGGCCAGAUGAUGACGAGCCCCCUUUAGUAUUUAAUAAAACACUUGAAGUAGCUCCAAUUGAUUCAUUUUAUUAUGUUGAUUAUACGCUCAGACACUUUGAAAUUUCUGACACUGAACCUGCUCAAAUUAAAGCCAAUGGAAGAACAUUUUCUGGAACGGGUAGUACAGCAAGUAGAUAUACUGGAAGCAAUUCUCCCCCUCCAAUGAUUGAUGAAAUUACUAAAAAUCGUUUUGUGUUGCCUAUAAAUGGAAGAAAUCAAUCUCCGCCUUUAAAUUCAGAAAUUACUUCUCCAUCAAUUUUAAAUGCUGCAUUGGCUGCUGCAAAGGGAGGAGGAAAUCAAAUGAAUAGCUCAAUAUAUUCUUAUAAUUCUCGCUCAUCUCCGCUCGAUUUUCCUUCAAAUGCUGGCCGCCAUCGACCAGAUUCUGAAUAUGCUAAUAUUGCUAGUAUUGUCCGUCCACCUUCAAAAUGUAGUGAGAGAGCUUCGAUGAGCGAUGGAAGAGAAAGGCGGCGUAUCAUGCAAUACCAUUUCACGUCUUGGAACGAUUACAGAGCUCCAGAAUGUUCAACAGCAUUACUCAGGCUAAUAUGUAAAUUAAGAAAAAUGGAGGAAUAUAAUCAUUGGCCAGUAGUUAUACAUUGCAGUGCCGGUGUUGGACGUACAGGAACUUUUAUUGCAAUUGAUUAUGUUAUGGACCAAAUUUUGGAUACGGGAAUGGCUGAUGUUUUUGGUUGUGUUACUGAGAUGAGACAACAAAGGAAUUUAAUGGUUCAAUCAAUGGAACAAUAUGUCUUUAUUUACAAAGCUUUAGCAGAAUUUCAACUUUUUGGAGAUACAGAUUUAAAUUUGUCAGAAUAUAAACUUCACUAUUUAAAAUUAAAGCUUCCUUUAACCCAAAAACUUUCCAAAGACGGAGUAUCUGCCCAUUUUCCAAAUGAUUCAAAAAAUUCAACUUCAGCAGUCCAAUUUUUUGUGAAUGACCAAAGACGGAAUUUAAAAAAUUAUGAGAACACAAAUAAUGGAAUUGGGGCUGUUGUUAGAGCUAAAUUAAAAUUAUUGAGGGAUAAAGAAGAUUUAAAUAAUAAAAUACCUUCAAAUUUACUGUGUCAACAACAACAAAAUUGUUUACCUCCAAGAAAUAAAUUAGAAGCAGAAUUUCAGGAUCUCAGUAUUUCAUUAGAGAAAUCAAAACCAGCAGAUAUUGCACUUAAAGAAGAAAACGCAGCAAAAAAUAGAUUUUCUGUAGCUGUUCCCUAUAAUUAUAAUAGAGUUAAUCUUCAACCAAUAAUUGGAUAUGAUAAUAAUACUUAUAUUAAUGCUAGUUUAAUUAAGGGUCAUCUUUAUCCAUAUAUUUUUGCACAAGAUCCUCUCGGACCAGAAACUGCAUUUAAUUUUUGGCGAAUGAUUAAUGAUCAACAAACAUAUACAAUUGUAAUGCUUUCUACUGAACAAGAUUUUUUGCCACACGAAAUGUACUGGCCAAGAGAAAUAAGUAAACGUUUAGUUCUUGGAAAAAAUAAUGAAUUAAUUAUUACUUUAACUGAGGAAGUUGUUUUGCCAUAUUUUAUUCAAAGGAAGUUACAUUAUCGUUUUACGAAAACAGAAAAAGGAGGUUCAAGUUCGGGAAGAGAUGUUCUUCAAUAUUCAUUUAAACAAUGGACAAGUGGAGCAUCUAUUCCAAAUUCAGCCAAAUCACUUUUAGAUUUAAUUGGAAGGGUUUUGGAAAGACAAUCAAAUAUUCCUUGUGCGGGUCCAAUAAUUUUACAUUGUAGAGAUGGAUCUGCUGAAAAUGGAAUUUUUUGUUGUGUUUCUUUACUUGUUGAAAGGCUACGGUCUGAACAAAUGAUUGAUGUAAGGAAGGAGGGAAUUUUUGUAGGGGGGGGGGAUUUUUUAAGGGGAUUUUCUGAAAAUUUGAAAAAAAAAAUAAAAAUUAGGUUGAAAAAUUUUUUAAUUUUUUAA